AUGCUCGGCUUCUUGCGCACCCCCGCCCGCCGCGCGGCGCUCCUGUCGCGUCGCCACGCCUCGUCCGAGAGUCUGCAGUGGUCCGCAGCCAUGAACAAACCGCUGUCCGAGUCGGACCCGCAGCUUUUCGACAUCAUCGAGCGCGAGAAGCAGCGUCAGCGUGACUGUAUUAGCCUCAUCGCGUCCGAGAACUGCACGUCUGUUGCGGUACUGGACGCGCUGGGAUCUGUCAUGUCUAACAAAUAUUCGGAGGGAUACCCAGGCCAGCGCUAUUACGGUGGCAACCAGAUCAUCGACCAGGCCGAGGAGCUCUGUCGUGCUCGCGCCCUUGAGGCAUUUAAUCUGGACCCGGAGCAAUGGGGAGUCAAUGUGCAGCCGCUUUCCGGCUCACCCGCCAACUUCCAGGUGUACACAGCGCUGCUGGCGCCGCACGACCGCAUCAUGGCGCUGGAUCUGCCGCACGGUGGCCACCUGUCGCACGGCUACCAGCUUGGCCGCAAGAAGAUCUCGGCGACGUCUAUCUUUUUUGAGAGCAUGCCUUACCGUCUGAACGAGAGCACAGGACUCAUUGACUAUGACGGACUCGAGAAAACUGCCGCUUUGUUCCGCCCCAAGCUCAUUGUGGCGGGCACCAGCGCCUACUCGCGCUCCAUUGACUAUGCGCGUAUGCGCGAGAUCUGCGAUCAACAGGACGCUGUGCUGCUUGCCGACAUGGCCCACAUCAGCGGUCUGGUUGCUGCUGGUGUCGUACCUUCGCCUUUCGAGUACGCGGACGUGGUGACCACUACGACACACAAGUCACUGCGUGGACCUCGAGGAGCCAUGAUCUUCUACCGUAAGGGAGUGCAACACGUCGACAAGAAGAGCGGCAAGGAAGUCAUGUACGACUUGCAGCAGAAGAUUGAUUUUGCCGUGUUCCCCGGACUUCAGGGUGGACCGCACAACCACACGAUCGCUGCGCUGAGCACGGCGUUGCUGCAGGCUCAGAGCUCGGAAUUUAAGGCGUACCAGACUCAGGUGAUUGCCAAUUCACGUGCUAUGGUGUCUGAACUCAUGAAGCGCGGCUACGACGUGGUCUCCAACGGCACGGACAACCACUUGGCUCUGGUUGAUGUCAAAAAGUCGCGCGGUGUGGAUGGUGCCCGCGUGGAAUUCGUGCUUGAGAGCGCCAACAUGGUGGUGAACAAGAACACAGUACCCGGCGACAAGAGCGCGUUCGUGCCUGGUGGCAUUCGUCUGGGUGCGCCUGCACUGUCCACGCGUGGCUGCACAGAGGAGGACUUUCAGCAAGUGGCUGCCUUUAUUGACGACGGUGUGAAACUCACGGCUGAGCUGAACGAACGUGCCCGUGGUCAGGGUGUUAAGAAGGUGAAGGACUUCAAGGACUUUGUGGCGGACGAUGCUGAGGCCAAGGACAAGGUGGACGCGCUUAAGAGCGAAGUAACCGCGUUCGUGCGCCAGUUCCCGACCAUUGGAUUCAGCGAGGAGGACAUGAAGUACAAGGACUAGAGUUCGAUUGUGUGGAUGGCAUGAUGACUUUGUCGCUUCGAUGCUCCGUCUCCUCUUUGCCCUGAGACUCUCUGCAAGAUUGGUCAACAGGACGACAUGAAAGACAAGGCC